AUGGCGGACACUGGAUUUGUCAAGCCUGAUCCCGAGGCGAUGCCGGCUCCCAUCGACGAGGAGGACCUCUUCGAGGAUGCGGGCGACCUCGAGUUCUACGACAAGAACCACGCCAGCACGUUUGAGACGCUCUACCUCGCACGCAUCCCCCGCUACAUGUGGGAGGCCUGGCAGAAGCUCACCGACCGCCUCGACGACGACGACGAAGUUCAGAUUGGCACGCUGCGCACAUGGAACGAACCCGGCCUGGCGGACGCUGAAGGCAACGCUGGACCCGAAACCACCAGGCUGCGCAUGCUUUUAGACGCCGGCUGCGACGAGCAUCACACCAUUCCGCGCGAGUAUGACCUCGAUGUUCUCGACCGCGACGUCAAGAACCAUUUCAUCUUCACCGAGGAAGACCUGCCCAGCUACAAAGCCAAGAACAAGGAGCGCCAGGACCAGCUCAACGCGGGCAUUCCCGCGCAUAUACUGAGGCAGAAGGAGGCCGCCGCUGCCGCCGCCGCCGCCUCCAGCAGCGGCGGCGGUGGUCCGCAGCGAAACACGUAUGACCGCAAAAGUCGCUUCCAGCCGUACUUUCGCAAGGCGAUCCCGAAAAAAACCAAGGUUUUCGGCAAGAUUCAUUAUGAUGUUCGUGUAGAGCCGCGCAACACGGGUGAAGAGGAGAGAUACCUUGGACAGCAGCUUUUCCAAGCCGAACACUCGAAAGCCAAGCUUCAGAUCAUCAGCAGAAACACGGCGUCGUCCAUCGUCAACCCUGGCACUGCUGGCGCCGUUGGCUGGGCUGGCGGCUUUAUUAAAAACACGCCCUCUCUCGUCAAGCCGAAAAAGGGCGAGCACUUCAAGGCCGCUCGUAUCGCCAAGAACCAGCUUCUCGAUCUUAUUUUCGACUGUUUCCGCCAGUAUCAGUAUUGGUCUAUGAAGGCGCUCCGCCAGCGCACGCAGCAGCCCGAGUCGUGGCUGCGCGAGAAUCUCGACGAGGUGGCCGUGCUCAACAAGUCUGGACCCUUUGCCAACCACUACUGCCUCAGCGAGGCCUACAGAGACAAGGGAGGCAACGAAGCCAGAGCGGCCGCCGCCGAUACUGUGGACGAUGGCGAUGAUGACGAGCCCGAUGAGAUGGAGGAUGUUGUUCUUGCUUAG